CUCUCAGCAGCAGCUCUCUCCUAUAGUAGUAGGCUGUGUAGGCGGACACUCUGCAUGCCUCGAUUCUCUCUCUCGCUCCCUCUGUCUUAAUUCACUUCUCUCUCUCUCUCUCUCUCUCUCUCUCUCUCUCUCUCUCCUCCUUCCCUCUCUCUCUCUCUCUCUCUCUCUCUCUCUCUCUCUCUCUCACACAACACCCCGUUCACUCUCUCUCGCUGUCACAUUCCAGUCGUCUAGAGGCUGUGUCUGACUUCAGCCCGAGAGCAGGACGAGAACAGAGGGAGAGGAAGAAACAACCAAAGGGAGAAGAGGAACGGGUCACGAGAACCUCUGCCUCACUCUCUCUUCUCCUCACCUCCGUCCUCCCUCUUCAUCUCCGCUGCAGAGCGAGCGAGUAGAGCAAGAGGACGUUUCAGCCUUACGUUGGAGAUGCAGCUCAGGAGCGACUAAAAGAAAGGACUAUCCUUGUUUUUGUUUUUCCCGGCACACGUGAGCGCUUGUUUUUACCGCUCUCUGCCCCCGUCCGUGCAUCAGCGAGCCCACCUACCAACCCCCCCACACACACCGACACACACACAGAGACCGCGACUACAGAGGGGAGGGGAGAGGAAGGUUUUAUUUCGACAGACAACAGACGCACACGCAGACUUGCAUCGGGACACAGAGGAGCUCAGCCAUGUGUGUUGCCCAAGAAGCUGCUCCAGGAGCCGGAACCCAGUGCUCCGGUGGACCCUCUGUCCCCCAGCGCCCAUGACCCCAACGUGGUGGGAGACAGCGCCCCCCCACAGGGGACCGUAGUCAGGCCAUCUGACACUGUUCCAGAGAGGAAGCGUGUUAGGGAGUCGGGUUCGUACCCAGUGGAGGAGAAAUCUCCAGGAGCCGGACCAGGAGGAGCUGUUGUUGGAAGAGGAGGAGGAGGAGAGAGUGUGGGAGGCAUAGGAGGAGGAGGAGGAGGAGGAGGAGGACCUCCACAAGGCCCGGACAUGCACCCCCUCAUCAACUCCACCUCUGGCCCAAGCAUGACGCUUAUCAGUGACGCACUGGCAGCCUAUACCUUUAUAGCAGACCACCCAGAGCGUGGCGCCCUCUUCUUCGUGUGCGGCGUGUGCCUGGGCCUCUUCCUCACCCUCUUCGCCCUGGUGGUGCAGAUCUCCUGCCGCACCGACUGCCCCUCCCGCCAGCGCCCCCCCCACGGCUCCGGCUCGGCCGGCGGGGGGAAAAAGAAGCGGGCGCGGCUGGCCGCCGACUCCACCGACGACGACGACUCCAGCGACUCGGACUCGGAGUGGGACACCGCGUCGGACGUGUCGGCGCGCCGCCGCCGCCGCUUCGAGCGCACGCUCAACACCAACGUGUUCACGUCGGCCGAGGAGCUGGAGCGGGCACAGCGGCUGGAGGAGCGGGAGCGAAUCAUCCGAGAGAUCUGGAUGAAUGGCCAGCCCGACGUGCCGGGGACACGCAGCCUCAACCGCUAUUACUGACGGAGCCGGGGGGCGGGGUCACCACGGUAACACGCAAGGGACGGAGGCGAACACAACGGGUGUGGAGAAGGGAAGGGGAGGGGUGGGGUCGUGAGGUCAGGUCAGGUUUUUACCUUUGACCUCUGAUAAGGAGGGGAGCGGUUUGGAUUGACUUUUGUGGGAAACCAAAACCCUCCCUGCUUGGUGAAAAAUCCAGCCUGCAUUUUGUUAUAAUUAUUAUUAUUAUUAUUGGUGGGCACAAUAAGCUAGCUCACAGAGAGCCAGAGCUACGACAUAGAGCACGGCUAAGCUUAGCUACGACACACGCCAACUUUAUGAGUAGAUGGUCGGAGCGAAGGGUUGUCAGCUGUACUGCACCUCUCCCUACCACACCUGCCCUGCACCUCCCAGGGACCCCUUGGGGAUCACAGGCCGCUGGGGUUCAGAGGGCCUAUCAGACCUAAUAAACAGACCGUAGGGCCCAUGGCGUUCAGUGUAAUUCUGUUCUGAGGCAGAAUGCGAGGACGGACGAUAAACGACAUGGACAAUUUUCCCUCCAGCCUCCAGUGUUGAAGUUGGGAAUGAAGAGAAGCGUGAUUGGACAUAACUACAGAUCACUGCAGCAGUGGUGCAUGCUGGGAUAUAAGGAAACAAAAGACUUUCUACAGACGACAACCAUGCUGCAAUUUGAACUGUAAUGUAAAAAAAAAACGAAAUAAGUUGUAUUUUCGGGGAAAUCAUCUCAAACCCCCACAUGAAAUCUAUUUUAUAAUAUUUAAUAGUUUAUUGUUUUGUAUAUUUUUUGUUUUUCGUGUAUUUUCAAUUGAAUAUGAAUUCUAAUGAGAUAUUUUUAUACUCUUCCAACACGUUGUGUGGCGCCUCAGGGAUGCUCCCCUUAGUGCUUCUGCUGGUUUGUGUUUGUGCGUCCUACCAGGCAAUCGGUCCAUUUGCAACAGUUGUGAUAGCUUUAAAAACAAAUGAAAUAUCAACAUGAUAACAGCCUCAAAGAGGCUUGGUGAUUUAUUUUUGUAUGUUUAGAUGUGUUGCAGCAGCAGUAACGUCACUAGAAUCAUUGCUGAACAGGCCUGUUUAUAUUUUAUAUUCUAAUUCACUAUUGUUUGUGCCGGCUAAUUUGGGAAUGUGCAGUUAGAUACGCAUUGCAAGAAUGGCUCCAUGGAACAUGUUGCACUUAAUAGCCAGUCUGGCAUCUACAUAACCAGAUCAUGCCAAAUGUUUGAGCAGCUACAAAGGAUGACUGUGGUUCUGAAGGAAGACUAGUCUGAAGACCUCAUGGAAAACAAUAGGAUCCUUUUGUCCACUUCCCUCUCUUUUCUAAAGUAAAUAAAACAUUGUAUCCCAGAGCUAUGCAAUACUUUGAGUGGUUAAUCUAGACAGGCGGCUUAUACAUUUGAAUUGCUUAUUGAAAAGACAAAGAGUCAUGUUUGUUAAGAGGUGGACCAACAACGUGUGGUCACAUAAUUCAUGUUGCCAGUUGAAUAUAAGCUAUCCUUGAUCCAGUACUGUUUAAAUGCUGUUCAUAUGCUGCCAUGGAUCCAACCUUUCAAAUUGUUAGCUUUUGCAGUAGAAUAUUUUGAAUUGUUAACCUUUUCUGACUAAAGAUAAGAGGAACACAUUGCCAUCUGUCCUUCUCAAAUGCCAUUUUAGGGAUUUACCAAAAUUGUUUCUUAAUGAAUGGGACUAAACAUGACAAUAGCUAUGUGAGACCAAAUAUGACUCAUGUGUUUGGAAAUAAACUGAUAAAAUAAUACCAA